CCAUUAUGAACGAAAAUGAGAGGCUUUUGCAUUUUUUUAAAAAAAUAUUUAAAAACCAGUAAGAUUUUGUCAAACAAUAGUAUACAAAUGCUACAUUAAUUGAAGGGAUGACUAUAUAAAGGGUAUGCCUCUCCAUUGUAAAGCCAUCAUCAACAACAAGUCUUCAUUUAUUAAUUUUUAGCAGCAGCCAAAUCAAGUUGUUGCAAAAAUGGCCUCUCUUUGGCAAAGGGCACUAUGUGCCUUGGCUUUACUUUUGCUAGUUACAAAUUAUGUGGCAGCUUUCCCUGAUCCAUACAUUUAUGCAUCCCCGCCACCACCUACUUCUUACGCAUACAACUCUCCAUCACCGUCGCCGCCAAAUUACAAACAUGAGAGUCCUUACCAUUACAAAUCCCCACCACCACCAUCUCCGUCCCCCCCACCUCCUUAUGUCUACAAAUCCCCACCACCACCUUCUCCGUCACCACCUCCUCCUUAUGUAUACAAAUCUCCACCACCACCUUCUCUGUCACCUCCUCCUCCUUAUGUAUAUAAAUCUCCACCACCACCAUCUCCGUCUCCCCCACCUCCUUAUGUUUACAAGUCUCCACCACCACCAUCUCCGUCACCUCCACCUCCUUAUAUCUACAAAUCCCCACCACCACCAUCUCCGUCUCCACCACCUCCUUAUGUCUACAAGUCACCACCACCACCAUCUCCAUCACCCCCACCUCCUUAUGUCUACAAGUCUCCACCCCCACCAUCUCCAUCACCUCCACCUCCUUAUGUAUACAAGUCUCCACCCCCACCAUCUUCAUCACCUCCACCUCCUUAUGUCUACAAGUCUCCACCACCACCAUCUCCAUCACCCCCACCUCCUUAUGUCUACAAAUCCCCACCACCACCUUCUUCAUCACCUCCACCACCUUAUGUCUACAAGUCUCCACCACCACCAUCUCCAUCACUUCCACCUCCUUAUGUCUACAAAUCUCCACCACCACCAUCUCCAUCACCUCCACCACCUUAUGUCUAUAAAUCCCCACCACCACCUUCUCCAUCACCUCCACCUCCUUAUGUAUACAAAUCUCCACCACCACCAUCUCCAUCACCUCCACCUCCUUACAUAUACAAAUCUCCACCACCACCAUCUCCAUCUCCCCCACCUCCUUAUGUCUACAAGUCUCCACCACCACCAUCUCCAUCACCUCCACCACCUUAUGUCUACAAGUCUCCACCACCACCAUCUCCAUCACCUCCACCACCUUAUGUGUACAAGUCUCCACCCCCACCAUCUCCAUCACCUCCACCACCUUAUGUAUACAAAUCUCCACCACCACCAUCUCCGUCUCCCCCACCUCCUUAUGUCUACAAGUCUCCACCACCACCAUCUCCAUCACCUCCUCCUCCAUAUGUGUAUAAGUCCCCACCUCCUCCAUCUCCAUCACCCCCUCCUCCAUAUGUGUACAAGUCACCACCACCACCUUCACCUUCACCACCUCCACCGUAUUACUACAAGUCUCCACCACCUCCAUCUCCUUCACCUCCACCCCACUACAUCUACAAAUCUCCUCCCCCACCAUCACCUUCACCUCCCCCUCCAUACCAUUACAAGUCCCCACCUCCUCCAUCUCCAUCACCCCCGCCACCAUAUUACUACAAAUCACCACCACCCCCCUCAUCAUCACCACCGCCUCCUCAUGUAUACUACUAUAGCUCUCCUCCACCUCCUCACAAUGUUUACUAAAGGAACUACGACAAGGUCACUCCAAUUUCGCUUUGCAGCUCAUAGAUUAAUGAAAAUGAUAAUAAUUGUUGCAAGAAGGAUUCUUUCUUGGUGGAUUGAUGGUCAUUUUAGGUCAAACAAGACGGCUGGUGGGAGAAUAAAGAGGGCUCAAGUAUUCAUUAUGCUUCAAACUUCACUUUUGUGAAGAUUUCAUUCUACAAUCACGUCUUUAAAUACAUUUUAUUUAUUUUCUUAUUAUAUGUUCAAUCAACGUCUGUCUAGAUGUUGAUAAAUUUGAAAUAAUAAAAGCAAAUUUAUGCACAAAAAUGUUUUAUUCAUUCUUAUUCUGUCUUUCAAUUCUAUAGCGAUCAUGAUCAGUUGAAGAGCAACACAUUGUAAAAUAGAUUGGUGUGCUGGAUAGCUAUAUUUACAUGGACACGAGCACGUGUGCACGCGCAUCUAAAGGUUGGACAAAACCAUUUUGUUAUAGAGAAAUGAGAGAGUAAAAUCACAAAUUUAAGCCAAUUUAUAAGCACCUUGGCAAUGAUUUUAUGUAGCGCAUUGCAUAAACUAAAAAAAGUUUAAUUCAAUAGAAGGAUUAAUUAAAUUAAGACCCUCUGUUAACUAUUAACGAAUAUCAUAUCAUCUAUACAUUUUGAAAUCUAAAAACUGUACAACGCCCUACUUUGACAAGUGGUGAAAGUGAUGCAUUUUCAUAAUUAAACGGAUCAAAAUUCAUAGAUAAUGAAAUAAGAUGAUGAUAUUGACAAAAAAGGAUGAAAACCAAAGUUGAUGAAAUUUGUGAAAAAAUUAAAAUUGGGAGAGGGACAUGGAUUGUUUCCAUCCAAUCCAAUCCAAUCCACAAGCCAAACAAACCAACUCUCAAUACGAAGAUCCCAUCAUUGUCGAAUCUGAGUUCGAUUUGAGAGAUCAAAAUCUAGAAAACCCUAAAAAAUUACAAGUUUGAAUUAUUUCCUCAUCAAUAACUCCAACAAUCAUCAAUGGGAAAUCCCAGAACAUAUUUUAUAAUAAAAUUGUGUCUUGCAAAUCCAAUAAAACCCUAAUUAAUUAGAAACUAGAGAGAGAAAAAGGGAGGGAGAGAAGGACAGACUAACGGCAAUA